AUGGCCAAUUUAAACGGACACUGCCCAUCGCCCUUCCUUCAGGAGACCCUCUUCCCAACCGACGGCGGAUUUAUCGACGGCCGCUAUUGCGAAAAAAUCACCUUAGCCAAUAGCACCUACUCAUGUUGCCUGCCAUGUCCUCUCGCUGAAUGGCGAUAUGAUACAGACCUACAUUCCAAAAUCGACGUUGCAAGCUGGAUCAGCGUCGCCAUUCUUCCUCUGUGUAUAUUUCUUCUAAUUUCAUACGCCGUGCUGCCAGUCAAAUGGACGCACCGACACUAUCUGAGUAUCUGCUUUACAAUCGGCAUCUGUUUCAUGGAGCUUGCCUUCAUCAUCCCCCUCGGAGCCAGACCAGAACAAUGCCAUAACGCCAUCACCCCGAAUGAUAUGCAUUCCGAUCUUUCCUGUGCCUUCUCGGGCUCGCUAUUGCUCCUUGGUGGUUGGAUGGUCGUGAUAUGGAGUUUCAUUCGCACCGUCGCAUUUCAUCUCCAAGUCUGCUGGGAGGUCGUUUUGGGCCCAAAGUUCAUGUGGCUGGCCUUCGUGUGUGGCUUCGGUAUUCCCGCCGUGGGAUUGACAGUGAUGCUCGUCUUGACAGGCGUCUCUUUCAGAUUCGGCGAAAUCUGUCACAUCAACGUUACCAACGCUCUUUACGAUUACUGGAUUCCGAUCAUGAUAUUUGCGGCAGCUGCUCUCUUCCUGCAAGUCUCCACCAUGAUCUACUGUACACACAUCUACGUCCGAUCUCUCUUCGACAAAUCUACCUCGACGUCAGGCAGCUCCGGUCUCCCCUCUUACACAGCCAGUGUACGUACAGUGACAGCCCGACAAGCCUACCGACGUGUCCGCCGGGUUCUUCAACUACAAUGGCGUGGCGUUGCCCUCGUCUGUAUCAUUAUCGCCAACGUGAUAUUCUUCGCGGUGGUUUUCAUCAAACUCGACAACGCAGUUGCCCCCACUGCAAGAAACGUCCAACAAGCCACACCCUGGCUACUGUGUCUCGCCACAACAGGGGGCGACAGGGAAGGCUGUCGGGAGUACGCCGAAGCCAUCGGUCCCAACGAAGCCACUCUCCUCGCAGUAGUAAUUCUACUCUCUCUAGUCGGAUUCUGGAACUUCAUUCUCUUCGCCCGACCAUCAAUGUUCGUCGGAUGGAUGGAACUCCUCUCACGCGGAGCCCGGCGCCGCAACGAAUUCGUCUCAGCCGACGCCAAUCACCGUUUCGUGGAUAACAAGGGCUUCGAAAUGCUGACAUCAACGGUUAAAACACCUGAUGCCUUCAUGCGGUCGCCAAGCCCCCCAAUGGAGGGCAGCCCCCUCACUAGUCCUAGUCCGACAUUCGACCGCAAAGUUCAUCUCGGUCAAGACGCCCGAUAUGUUCGUCCAUCUAUGAGUUUCUCCGGGCCUAGGCCGCCUAGCUCGAACCAGGGUGCUCGCGAUUGGGAUCCUUCGUCUACAUUUGCACCGGCUUAUGGAAGAGAGCGAGAGUGA